AUGCAACCACCAGAGUUGGAAAACAAGCGCUGCGCAGCGUGUGGCGAGCGUUUGACAAGAGAAGAUAGCGUUCUCCAGUGCAAUGGCGAGUUCUUCCACUCAGAGUGUUUUGUCUGCGCCCAGUGCUUUCAGUCCUUUCCAGAUAAUGAAUUUUAUGAAAACCACGGAAAACGCUACUGCCCACACGAUUUCGAAGUGUUGUAUGCUCCCCAAUGCCACACAUGCGACGAGUUCAUCAAGGGCGAAUUCGUCGAGGCGAUGAAUCAUCACUGGCACAAGGAAUGUUUCAAUUGUAACAGGUGCCAAAAAUCGGCGACGGAGUCGUUUGUGCCAUUUCGAGAUAACAGCCUGAAUGGAGAGGGAUUCAAAAUAAUCUGCGGCGAGUGUCAUCAAGAGAUUCUCAAACUCCGCGGCGAUCGAGACAUCUGCCAGGCAUGUUGGCAGCCGAUCGAGGCCGUCGAGGAGAAUAUGAAGCUCAGGUACAAGGGUGACCCGUAUCACUCGUAUCACUUCAACUGCGCGCAUUGUCAGCGGGAGCUCACCUCCAAUGCCAAGGAACACAGAGGGAAGCUCAUGUGCCGCAAGUGCUACGAUGAGACGGAGACUGAGAUUUGCGCCGCCUGCCACCGCCCUAUUGAUGGACGCAUACUCAAAGCAAUGGGAAAGGCCUGGCAUCACCACCAUUUCGUCUGCUCAACAUGCGAAAAACCCUUUGCCAAAAACUCGUUUUUCGCUGGCAACGAUGGUCGCCCAUAUUGCGAGUACCAUUUUAACAAACUUUAUGGGUCGACGUGCGCGUUCUGCGAUCGUGUGAUAAAGACACAGGUGGUGAGUACGUUCGAGAAAAAAUGGUGCGAGCCGUGUUACAGGUGCUACUGUUGUAACAGGACGCUAAAGUCGAAAGAAAAGGUGGUAGAAUUCGAUAUGAGACCCUGUUGCAAGUCCUGUUUUGAUAAGUUCCCUUAUGAAUUAAAGAAGAGAAUGAAGAAGGCACAAGACGUUUACAAUAAAGAUUGCCAGACACAGCUCAAGAACGAAAAAAGGCAAAGAAAGAAAAGCCACUGGAAAAACACUGAUUCACCUGCUUGA